UCCAAACGAAUAUAAAUGUUCAGCAAGUAAGACGUGCAUUCCAUUGGAGCAAGUAUGUGAUGGACAAGCACACUGUUUGCACGGUGAUGAUGAGCGAUUUUGCGAUUAUUCAUGCCCAGGAAACUGCACAUGCGUAGAGUAUACAACCGACUGUGAUGCUGCCGAAGUGGACAAUAAAACCUUACCUUAUCUGCACAAAAAUUCUCGUUCGCUUAAAUUGAGCAGGAACACUGGACUGCGAAAAAUACUUCUUAGGCCAAUGUCAAAUUUUCCAUACCUUAUAUCUUUAAAUCUUUCAAUGUGCGAGAUAAAGGAGAUGACUAAAGAUAUAUUUCAGCCGAUUGGUAACUUGAGGAUACUUGACCUCAGCUAUAACAAAAUUAAAAAAAUUCCAAGUGCCGCUUUCAUUGGACUGAGAAAGCUAAAAAUGUUGAUCUUACUAGGAAAUAGGGACAUAUCUUUAUUUGAGCCAUAUUCACUUAAUGGUCUAUCCAGUAUAAGAAAAAUUGAAAUUACAGGUUCAAAUAUUUAUAAAAUUUCCUCUCACACUUUCGCUGGUUUAAAUCUUGACAAACUACGAUUAUCUGAUAACAAUAUACAUGAAAUGGAAGACAACGUUUUUUCCGGCAUGAGUGUGAAAAUCAUUGACAUGGAAAAUAAUAAAAUAAAAACAUUCAAUAAAGGUUUAUUCCGAGGGGCAUCAGGAAUAACUGCCUUACAUACACCUGCAUUUAAGUACUGCUGUGUUCGUCCGAACUAUUUAGCAGAUAAAGACUGUUUUCCUGAAAAAGACGAAUUUUCUUCGUGUGCAGAUUUAUUGCGGGUUUCUGCACUUCAGACAAUGCUAUGGCUAAUUGGAAUACUCGCACUUUUUGGAAAUAUUGCGUCUGUUAUUUACCGUUUAGUCUAUGAUAGAGAAAAGCUGAAACUGGGUUUUGGAAUAUUUGUGACGAAUCUUGCUGUGGCAGAUUUCCUGAUGGGAAUUUAUCUGAUAACCAUUGCAGUAGCGGAUGCAACAUAUCGCAGCAGAUAUAUCUUCAUGGACGACUACUGGAGGAACAGUGGAUGGUGUAAAUUAGCAGGAUUUCUAUCUACCGUCUCAUCAGAGGCCAGUGUGUUCUUUCUGUGUCUUAUUACACUGGACAGGCUUUUAGUGAUAAAAUACCCAUUUGGUCAAAUACGCUUUAAUACGAAAAAUGCGGGGAUCUCCUCGGGUGUUGCCUGGGUAAUUUCAGUGUCCGUUGGACUGAUACCAAUUUUGUACGAGGAUUAUUUUCAAGAUAGGUUUUAUUCAAAAUCAGGCGUUUGCAUCGCAUUACCGUUGACCCGAGACCGGCCACCAGGAUGGUUGUACUCUAUCAUCAUUUUCAUUGGACUAAACUUUUUAACAUUUUGUUUAAUAGCCAUUGGACAGGUCAUUCUUUAUUCGGAAAUUACAAAAACAACAUCGGGCAUAAGACGAUCUACUAGAAGAGGCAAGAAAGGAUUAGGAAGACGGACAGAACUUAAUGUUGCAAGAAACCUUUUGCUUGUCGUGACAACUGAUUUUCUUUGCUGGUUCCCUAUAGGUGUCAUGGGGAUGAUGGCAAUGUCUGGUCACGUGAUUCCUGGUGAGGUGUAUGCCUGGACGGCCGUAUGUAUACUUCCAAUAAAUUCCGCGCUAAAUCCAGUUCUUUACACGUUAACAGCCUUUCUAGGGAAAAGGAAAGCACAAUCACAACAGAAUACACAACCAAUGAGCUUCGCCUACCAAUCGCAUAUUACAGUCCGGAAAUCUCGACCAUUUAAAGGCCUGUUUCGAUAUUUCAUCACAAAAGCAGAUGAGUUUGACCAGAUGUUUGUAAGCCUGGAGGACCUAGACAACAAAGACACUACCCUCACGUCAAAGGCUGUUCUAACUUGUGUUCAAAAUUUGACUCGUUGUCUCUGCUUGUUACAUAGAAAUUCACUUAUGGUGAAGCUUGAUGGAAGGAGCGUCUAUUUAAGCGUGGCAGAUGGCAGGGUUAUCGGAGACGUACAAAUUCGACAGGAACCGUCAGGGUGCACAACUAACGAGAUGAAAAAGGAAAGCAUGCACGAGCUUGGAAAAGUUGUUCGACGUCUCCUGGUAAUAUCACAGAAGACAAAGAAGCAUCAUGCUGAAUAUAUUGAAAACUAAAGUGUUGGUACUGAAGAGGAAGACUGAUUUCUAGUCAUUUUAUAGUAUAAUCCUAUUACAUUAAACAUUACACUCCGCACAGGUAGAAUUGAAACUCGGUAUCUCAAAUUCCAGCGUUUUACUACCGUAUAACUGAAUUCGAUUUAAAAUGAUAUUUUGUGCACGUGUUUUCAGGACAGUUCUUGAAAAUUUCCUCGAUGUACCCGAAAUUUCAAGGAAAGAGAGUUCAAAAUAUCGAGUUAAAUGAAAACUUUGUUUAUGUCUAUUAAAAAGACUUUUUAAAACCUAAAUCACUAUACUGAAUUGUACCAAUCAAACUAGCGUCUGUAUAUACAUGUUGUUUGUCGUCAUACUAUAAUAAAUUUAAAUUUAAUAAUGAGAGCAUGUGAAUACUUGCACUCUAUAUUCCAUGUCAAGAAUUUUAG